GAGUCUAGAGAAGGGGAGGCUAAUUAAAGGCUGGGUGUGUUCUGUUCAGAUCCCUUUUGACUGAGACCAUGCUGCCAACCCAAUCCUGGUACUGUUUUGGAGCGGUGUAAUAUAGGCCACUUACCUGUGAGCUAAAGUCAGAUUGAUUUCGGGAUGGAGAAUGUUAAAGUCUUUCACCUUUAAGAAGCCGAUGCAUUAAUAAUAAAAAUCAUCAACAUUACACUAUUUCAAUAUUUGGGCUUUUACGCUGCAGCUUAAACCGGAAGUUCUUUCUUAUUCUCUCUGACUUGACUGUUAUUUUCCUCCAGCUCUGUGUCUGCUGGAUGCUGAGCAGGCGGGCGGGGCUGUUUUUCGUUGCAGUGUCCUGCUGGGGAGUGAUGUAGCGAGACGGAGCCUAACAGGACACAAGGAAGGAAGUACAGCAAAACGCCCAGUACGGUUGUUUUUAUAAUAAAAAAAUCGUCUAUUUUAGCAGCAAAAUGGAUUUACUAAGUAAAAUCUAACGUGAACAGUAUUGGAGCCCAUCCUGCAUCCUGCAGCCUGCAGCCUGACACACGGACAUCUUGUUUCUCUCAGGAGUGUACAGUAGAGAGACAUAUUUGUCUUCGUUUUUGGACAUUGUAGUGGAGCUCCGCACGGCUCAGCAUGGCGUGGCCCUGUAUCAGCAGGGCGUGCUGCAUGGCCCGCUUCUGGAACCAGCUGGACAAGGCUGACAUUGCGGUGCCUUUGGUCUUCACCAAGUACACGGACGUGUCUGAGAUGCAGCACGUCCAGCUGCAGCCGACUCUCCAUCCUCCGCAGGCCCGGGUCGCCAUAGAAACGCAGCCAUCUCGCGCGGCUGCUGGUGCACCUGCACGGCCGCCGCGCAGGUGCGUCUCCGAGGAGCGCGUGUCCAGCUCGGUGAUGCGCGAGGACUUUAAGCACUGGAAGGUGCGACCCGAACCGAGCUGUAAACCCAAGAACGAGUACCACGGACCGGAGACACCGUUCAACAGCGAGACCCAGUACCAGAAGGACUUCAAACCCUGGCCCAUCCCGAAGAGGUACGACCAUCCCUGGAUACCCAAACAGCAUGGAGACGGCGACAGGUCCAGCAGGCACACCAAACAGCAGGCUGAGGCGGACUGCGGUGUGGAGAAGAGCGCUAUAGCCGACAAGGUGCAGGAGAAAGACCUCCUGCACGGACAGGAGAGGAAAAAGAAGUCCAGUAAACAGGAGGGGCAGAAGAAAGUAGUCCAGAAGGUGGAGGGAGGAGGAGAGGGCAAAGGGAGGGCUGUGGAUGCUGUGAACAGGCAGAUCAAGGAGGAGAUCACAGCAGACAGCUCGUACAAAACUGAGUACAAGGCUUACAGAGAUGUGAAGCCGGCUAAAAUGAUCCGGGCCAGGUCCCAGUACCUGCCACCAGACGAGAAGACCAGCCUGGAGACCAGCUACAGUGCUACCUUCAAGGGUCAAGCCCCGCUGCGGAAUACUGACAACAAAGCCCUGGAGAGGAGGAGGAUACGCAGUCUGUACAGCGAGCCUUACAUAGACCCCAUCAAACAGGUUGACAGGUAUAGUGCCCUUCGCUCUAAACCCAAAAGGCCUGGAGCCGCAGCGGCAGGCCAGAGCAAGCCAGUGAAGAAAGCCAAAGAUAAGCAGAGCGCCGCGCUGAGGGGCUCCAAGAAGACGACCUCGGAGAACCAGCCCGAGAACCGGCCGACGGUGGGGGACAAGGAGAAAAGUAAAGAGAUGAACAACAAACUGGCUGAGGCAAAAGAGGUUGUGCUAAAACAGUACCACUACAUACAACUUUGCCAGCCAAUCCGAGAUAUUGGCUGGGUGCAGACUCUAAAGCAACACCUGUGGGGCUGUGCGCUGCCCGAUCCAAGAGAUGCUAAGGAUGAGGUUCUCCGACCCGAUCAUCAUCAUUCCCAGGGUGCUGCUGGAGGAGAACCACCACCACCGCUGGAGAGACCCGAACCUCGGAGGAGCAGCGGAGUCGUACGCUUUGCCCUAGAUGUGAACCAGACUGAGUAGUUGUGCCUGUCAGGAUGGAGGCAGAUAUACCGUAUAUACAGACUGAUGCUCUGUGCUGUAAAUAUCUAGUAUUUGAAACUAAGGUGGAUUAGGAAAGGAGGUGAAUCCCACAAAAUAAAAAAUAAAAAAACGCUAUUCAAGAGGCAGCCCACACAUUUGAGACACGCAUGUUUGAAACAGCUUUUGGCUCCAUAAGGUCACAGCUGUUCGACCCAUGGCAUUAUUGCAAAGGUGCUAUACAUUAUUUUCUGGUUUCAUGCAGUUUGUUUUAAAAUAGUAUGUCAAUAUCAUUACACAUACCAUACCAUAAAGUGCUUAUACAACAAUUACAAAAUAAACUGUACUGUACAUUGAUUGGUUUUAGUGUAAAUAAAUAAUCAUAACUUGCAGAUUA